UACCAUCCACCUGAGGGUGCUGAGUCACCAGACUGCAUGGUGUGUGUGUGGAAAAUGCAGGGAAAUGCCAACCCAGGCAGAGCGAAUAUGCUGCGAAAGGGAGCCAAGACACUGCUUUUCUCUACUGCCUGACUUCACAGUUCUUGUGCUGGACCCUGCAGUACUGAAACUCGCGAGACUGCAGCAAAGGGACAUUCUUCUGCUGGAUGAUGCAGAUGAAGAGGACCCGCACAAGGCCAACAGACAUGCUGCCUACAGACAGUAUAUACUGUGGGUACAUGGAAGGCUUGGAGAAGGAAACAGAAGAGUUAUUCCAUCAUGCUGUGUUUGGGCCAUCAGAGACAAGUACCCUAACCCCUUCCAAAUUUAUGUGGGUUUUGUUCCUGCCUGUCUUGUUUGA